CGUCGAGACUCGACGACGCAAGCACCGGUUUGGUUUCGUACUAGGAAUUACCGGACGACCCGACAGUUUCAACCACAGCAGCCAAAAUGGUUUCUCAAGCUCCUCCUUACCGCACCUUCUUCGGCCAGCGUGUGUGGCCGGCGCCCAUUCUGAAACUGUACUUUCCGUUCUUCAUCUCGGGUCCCCUCGCCUUCUUCCUGUUCAGCUACGCUCACACCAAGAUGAUGGGCAGCGCAAGCGACAAGUGGGUCAACAUUGUCAACAACGUCCGCAACGCCACCGAGCAACAAAAGCUCAAGCAAGCUGCUCAGCAAUACGCCGAAGCGCACAAGCACUAGAAUGUGGGACGAAAAAUAGUCGAAUUAGACCGCAAAAUCGAAGACUGUGCUUGUAGAAACGCCGAAGUCACAGCCCUUCUGUCUCGGUCAUACCCCUCCCUUGAUGUGCGAAUCUUCAUAUACAGUGCUUUGUGGGAAUUGCAGAAUUUUCAGAUGAACGGUCUUCUCAGUUUCGAUACGCUGCGGUGCGAAUGUUUCCGGUCCGCUUUCAUUUCGGCGAACCAUAUGAGCCUGACUUUUGGAUCACUGGAGGGGGGAUCU